AUGGAAGUUCCUGGCGGCGCUGAGGACGGUUUUGUCCGUGAAUGGGCACCGUGUUCGCAUAUUUUAAACUUAAUACCUCCUAGGAUACAAACUGGUAUAUUUUCUAGUGAGCUGUGCUUAACUUGUGUUGAUUCUGUUAGUGAAUAUAUUGCUUUGGGGACUAACGUCGGUCUGGUUUACUGGUACGACAGGAAGAAGGGAAAUAUUCAAAGACUACGCUGCGAGAUAUCAAACUCUCCAAUAACUUAUGUGAAAAUAGUGAACACUGUUGAUUAUAUGGUCGGUGCUGGUAAUGCACACGGUCAAGUUACCGUCUUCCAGAUACCUAAGGAGCACCCAGAAAACGUUCCUGACACAUUCAAACCUAAAGUUGAACCCAAAGUCGAAAGGUAUACUAUAGGCGAUCUACAUAAAAGCGAAAUAACUUCGAUAGAAUGGUCGAAGAACGGGAUGCGAUUGUUCUCGGGCGACAAAAACGGUGUUAUUAUAAUGACGGAAAUCGAUUUUUAUAUGCACCUCUGCAAGUCGAUGGAGAUAGUUAACGAAGGUCACGAGAUAGUCCAGAUGAGCUAUUACCAAAACACGUUGCUGGUGUCGAGCGUGUACCGCGGGAUAGUAUGCGAAAGGAGCGCCGACGGUAGGACGUGGCACGUCACGCAGCUCGGGAAGAAGGAGAGGAAAAGCCUGUGCGCGCUGGGGGCCGUGUUCCAGUACUCGUACCGCACGGGCGCCGCCGCCGCCUACUGCGCGAGGCCCGGCCUGCGCCUCUGGAGGGCGGACAGGAACGGCAACGUCCUCCACACGCUGCUCUUCAAGGAAGCGAUAUCGAACCCGCUAACGAUAGCCGAACUACUGAAUCCCUCGCAGAAGAAGCACUCGCACAGCGACCAGGACUACAACCUGGGCCCGCUGUUCGUAUUCCGCGAGCACUUCCUAGUUUCGCACAACGAGCACAUCCUGUACAUCCUAGACCCGAGGUCGUUGACCGCUGUCGCUGUUGUCGACGAUCUGAGAAAGAUUCUGUCAGUUUCCGUGAAUAAAGACGAGAUCUUCGUUCUCGAGGGUCCAAGGUCGCUGGUCAGACUGGCCCACGCUCCGGAACCCGCCGCUCUGGCCACAGACGAAUCAACGAACGGCAUGACAAAGUCUCUGACAACGUCGAUACAGCACGCCGUGAACACGGUCCGGGACCUGACGCACAUCGACCAAACGGUCCCCUACAUCACGAGCGUUCUCGAACAGCCAAUAUCGAUUUUCACGAAGAACGAAGUGCUGGACAACAGCCCGAUAGCGAGCGCCGAAGAGUGCUUCGAACUGCCUCCGAUCAGAAUCUUACCGGACGACAUAUCCGAGAACGUCUUAGAAUCGAUUGUCGGCGAGUAUCGAGACGUGAACGAUGCAUACGAAUCGAGGGGCACGAAAACGGAUGAGCUGCAGAAGAAAUUGGAUUUGUUUAGCAGCAUAAUCGUUAAGAAGUGCGACGAGCAGCUGAUACAUAGCAGGAGGAGUAGGCGGAGGGAGGCGGGGUCGGGGGGCAGCACGCCGAGGUUGUCGACCCCGCCGAGGAAGCCGCCCGAUGACGUCAGCUACACCAAUCCGUGCAUCAUGAACAUUAGCAUUUACGGGCAUUACCAAGAAGAGAACGACGAAGCGCUCGCGAAACAGAUCGAGGAGAAAGAGAAGAUAUUAGCGAAAAUGCUUAACUUGGAAUCGUUGAGCAUAAAGGCGAAACCUCUGCCGCAGCGCGCCGACUCUCCGCCGCCGCCGCCCUUCACACGUGUGGAAAUAAAACCGGACACGGACCGAGAGCGACCGGCGAACAGGAAACCGGAACCGCAGAAAUCGGUAAUAAUCUCGAAUAAUACGGAUUUGGUGCCUAAAAUCGUCGAAUUGCCAAACACGUGGAAUUUAGAGAAUAUCGAGUUGAAAUUAGAUUUGAACAGCAGUAACAGCUUCGGCGAUGGACUACGCUCGCCCGACGACCACCUCGACAGCGAGUGGGAGAUCAUAUGAUGACACUUACGAAGCCUUUGAAUGCCACUUUUUUUUCCUACUAAGCUGAUAGCCCUGAGAGGCUAUUUCAGCAUAACCUUAACUAGUAGGUGAGCUCGCGGGGCUCAAACCGGAGUGAUGAU